UUUCGAUAUACGCACUGCCGCUGUGCACAGCCGUCUUCGUGCAAGCAAUUUACUGCACGUUGACUAUUGUCUUCGUUCCAAAUCAGACACGGAGUGGAGGGAUCGAACGACAUGCCUCAUACCAAGCGGGUAAUUGCGCUCCACACCCAUGAGCGUCCAAUUGUCCAUACCCGCUAUUCGCGCGGUCAUCUGUCCCUUUCUUCCGAUAAGAACAUCCUCAUUCAUGCCCAUUUCGAUGGCUGGAACACAUUCGCGGGAGCUCUCCCCGCAGACGUGGGGGAACAUCUCCCCCUGACAGAAGUCACAGAACCUGGGGCGCCCGGUGAGGACUUGUUUAGGCUCAGUUGCUCGACGACCCUCGAGCGCCAUACGUACAGCUGUACGAUCGUCUCAUCUACACGAGUAGCGAGCGGCGCAAUCAGCCUGGCAAAACCAAAACGUAAUUCUUUUCACAAUCGCCGAGCUUGCGAACAAGUGCCAAUCACGCCAUUGUUGUCUACUCCAUCGUUGGCUUUUCGCACGUAUCAUGCAAGGCUCGUCUCCUUUCGCCCAUCACGAUCCGCACAGCACAUGCCCCUCAUCAAGAACUGACUUUGAUAGCAUCUCAUAGAUCCGGGGCACAACGACCAGUUCUCCACGCCAAGGGUGCCAUAAUCUGGAGGUCGCAAGCCACAUUUGCACAUCCUCCACUUCUCU